AUGAGGCUCUCUGACUCUCCAGGUGGGGGCUUCCCCCAAGGACUGGUGGCCUCCCGCAUUGAGGCCUAUGGGGGCAGACCCCAGGCACACACUAACACUCUCACCCCCAGAGGAGGCGCUAAGCUGGAUCCCAGUCGCCUGCACUUGCAGAACUGGACCAAGAGUUCUAGCCAUUCCCGCUCCCCGUCUCCCGUGGGGUCCUGGGAGGUAGAGUCUGAGAAGCGGUAUGGCCCACCUCACUCCCCCAAAGUCAAGGAUUUCCCCAAUGUUCCUCAGCUGGAGAAAAGGCUGCAUAUAUUCAGCAUGUUUGGAUUGCCGCGGCUGCCCCCCGAGGACCGGAAGCGCUGGGAGAUCGGAGAAGGCGAUUGGAGCAGACUGGCCAUUGAGAAGUCUUGGAAGGAGCUGGUGCCAGGGCACAAGGAGAUGAGCCGUGAUCUCUGCCACCAGCAGGAAGCACUGUGGGAGCUACUGACCACCGAGCUGAUCUACGUGACGAAGCUCAAGAUCAUGACCGACCUCCUCGUCAACGGUUUGCUGAACUUGCAGCGUGUGGGACUGCUGACGGAAGUGUCGGCUGAGACCCUUUUUGGAAAUGUCCCCAGCUUGAUUCGAGUCCACCAGAGCUUUUGGGAUGAGGUGCUGGGGCCCACCCUGGAGGAGACUCGCACCUCUGGCCAGCCGCUGGACCCUGUCAGUCUGCAAAGUGGCUUCCUGAUGUUCAAGCAACGGUUCCAGCCGUAUGUCCAGUACUGCACGCAAGUAAAGCAGAUCAUGUCUCACGCCCGGCAGCUGCAAGACACUAACCAUCUCUUCCACACCUUCGUGCAGUGGUGUGAGAAACACAAGCGCUCGGGGAGACAGCAGCUGGGGGACCUGCUCAUCAAGCCCCAACAGCGCAUCACCAAGUACCCACUGCUGCUGCACGCUGUGCUCAAGCGGAGCCCGGAGGCCGAGGCCCAGAAGGCCCUGGAAGCCAUGAUUAAAGAGGUGGAGUCGUUCCUGAAGUACAUCAAUAAGCAAAUCCGCUACCAUGAAGAGCAGGAGAGCUUGCUGGCUGCCACCCAACGCAUCGGGCCCUACGAGGUGCUGGAGCUGUCCAACGAGGAGGUGGAGAGGAGUCUGCGCCCAUUCUCCACCCUGAACCUGAUGGCUCCCAUGACGGGGGUGUCUUUUGAGCACACCAGGAAGCUGCUGCAUGAGGGACCAGCCAGAGUGAAGGAAGGCCGGGAAGGGAAGCUGGAUGUGUACCUGCUCCUCUUCUCUGACGUGCUCCUGGUGACCAAGCCCCAGCGCAAAACAGACAAAGUCAAGGUCAUCCGUGCCCCGUACAUGCUGGAGAAGCUUGUAUGCCAACCACUCCGAGACCCUAACAGCUUCCUCGUGAUCCACCUCACCGAGUUCCAGUGCUUCUCCAGCGCCUUCAUUGUGCACUGUCCCAGUGCUGCAGACCAAGUCCAGUGGCUGGAAAAGACCCUGCAGGCCCAGGCAUACCUGAAAAAGCUGAAGGAAGAAGAGUUCGCUCAACAGAAGAGAAUGCUUCUGGCUAUUUACCGGGAUGGGGAGGAGCAGUCCCCAGGCACCAGGCCCUCCACGCCCUCUACAGUCUCUCUGGAGGGCUCUCAGAGCAGCACGGAGGGCCGGAGGACUCCUGAGUUCACCACCGUCAUCCCCCAACUGGUGGUGACAGAAGACACAGAGGAAGAGGCUCCCUCAGUACAGGAUGAUACCUCAGACUCAGGCUACGGCACGCUGGUCUCAGACUCCCCCAAGGGGUUCCGCUCCCCGCUAAACCGUCUACGCCCUCGAGCUCUUCGAAGGGACCCGCGCCUCACCUUCUCCAACCUGGACCUCCGAGAUGUUCCCUGGCGCCCCCAGCUUCCUGACCCCCAAGCCCUCCAACGCCGAAGUGCCCCUGAUCUGCCAGAGGCAGGACUCCGACAAGGCGGCAGUCUUCCCAGGGGCCUGCCACCAGCCUGGUCUGAGGAGGACAGAACUCCGGUGGGAGAGAAUGUGAUCAUGGAGAGCUUGCACAGGUCCCGGCAUCGGGGCCAGGCCCACUGCUCCCCAGCCCACACUGACUCUGCUGGGGAAAGCCCCUGGGAGUCAUCAGGGGAUGAGGUAGAGGAGAGCCCGGAGAACCUCCGAGAGCGCAGGCUCAAAAUUAUCGGGGAAGACCUGGCCUGCCAAAGGAUCGGAGGCACGUCGGAGCCCAGGGACGACAGCAAGCCUCGAAAGCUGACUAGGGCCCAAGUGAACAGGAUGCGGGGAGCCCCACGGGUCAUACAGCUGGAGAACACCGUAUCCACGUCGUAA